AUGCCUUUCCACGUCAAGAGGACCGAGACGGCGAAGCUUGACACUCUCCAGCAGUACAACGGCAUCAGAACUACGAGAUGGGUGCAGCCACCGGAAGGGCUGAGUGUGUUGGAGAUCCAGACGACGCAUGCUCCGACUGCCUUGCAGAAGGUUCCGGAAGACAAGAACUAUUUGACGCCGCCGUAUCAUUGGCACUGGUAUCAGGAGGAGUUCUUUCACGUGAAAGAAGGACGUUACAUCUUCACCUUAGAGGGCAAAGACACGGUUGUCUCUGCGUCUGAUCCGCAACCCGUCCGCAUACCCGCCAGAGCGAGACACACGUUCAAAGUGGACGACACAUACGACGGCCCUUGCACAAUUGAGAUCUCAACAACAGUCUCACCCAAGAGCGGCUCGGACGAUCCAGAAGCGAAUGGUGCAAGCUCGAAAUUCUUCAGAAAUAUCUACACCUACCUGGACGACUGCUACUACCAGAACGUCAAUCCCUCACUGCCGCAGCUCUUAAUCUUUCUCGACAGCGCUGAAGUCAGUUUGGCGUUUCCAUUCGGGCCCGACUGGUUGAUGCGAGCGCUGAGCUAUUCGAUGGGCGUGGUGGUGGGGAGAUGGUUUGGCGGGUAUGUGCUGGGGUACAAGGCCAGCUAUCCUGAGUAUUGGGAUGAUGCGUUGGAGGCGAAGAAGGGGCGGUGA